AAUAAUAGUAACAUAAGCAAAAGGGGGUGAACAAGAGGGGGAAAAAGAAGAAAAGUCGUAGGGAGAGAACGCGUCCGCAUUGGAGGACGCAGCAGCCGAUUACAGUCACCGAGAGAGAGAGCAGUUCACAUUUCUUUAGACAUCAAAAAGUCAAAACCAUUUUUAUAAACCCAAAGUCUUGUUCCUCUCUCCAGUUUUUUUUUUGCGUCAUUCAUUCAUCACACAGAUAGAUACAGAGGAAUCGUCUCUAAGAAAUGGCAGGCAGUAAUAUUCUCCAUAAGAUGAAGUUAAAGGCUGGGUUCUGCGGAUCAGCUCCUGAUAUGGGAAGAGGUAAAAGCAAGAUGUGGAAGAACAUCACACAUGGUUUUUACUGUGUGAAGGGCAAGUCUAGCCAUCCUAUGGAGGACUAUGUAGUCUCUGAAUUCAAGAAACUUGAAGGCCAUGAAUUGGGUUUGUUUGCUAUCUUUGAUGGUCAUUUGGGUCAUGAUGUGGCCAAAUACUUACAGACUAAUCUCUUUGACAACAUUCUAAAAGAGAAGGAUUUUUGGACUGACACUGAGAAUGCUAUAAGGAAUGCAUACAAAUCGACAGAUGCAGUGAUACUGCAGCAAUCUCUUAAGCUUGGUAAAGGCGGAUCAACGGCUGUAACGGGAAUUCUAAUUGAUGGUCGAAAGCUAGUUGUUGCUAAUGUUGGAGAUUCAAGAGCAGUGAUGUCUAAGAAUGGCGUUGCGCAUCAGCUCUCAGUCGAUCAUGAGCCAAGUAGGGAGAAAAAAGAGAUUGAGAAACGAGGCGGCUUUGUAUCGAAUAUUCCAGGGGAUGUUCCACGAGUGGAUGGACAGUUAGCAGUUGCUAGAGCGUUUGGAGAUAAGAGCUUAAAGAUACAUCUGAGCUCAGAACCGGACAUAACACACCAGGCAAUUGAUGAUCACACUGAAUUCAUCCUUUUCGCCAGUGAUGGUAUUUGGAAGGUAUUAUCGAACCAAGAAGCAGUUGAUGCGAUCAAGAGUAUCAAAGAUCCGCAUGCAGCUGCAAAGCACUUGAUAGAGGAAGCUAUAGCUAAGAAGAGCAAAGACGACAUCUCCUGUAUCGUUGUAAAGUUCCACUAAUCCCUUCUCCUUCUUCUUUCUAGACUCUUUUCUUUUUUUGUGUCUAUAGUUUACCAUUGAGUUUGCAAGAUAGAGAUAUAUAUAUGCUCGAACUGUGUAUGUAAAAACCCAGUAAUGAGGUUUCCCAGAAGAUGUAAUAUAUUAUGUAAGCAUGCUUUUCUUCACAAAUGAACGGAAAUAAGAAAUCGCCACACACUUUAA